GGCGGCGCCCAACUUUUCGUUGGUUCCUGUGGAAGCCAUGCGGAAGCGCUGGCUCAGUGCCCCGUGUGAGGAGCUCUGCGGUAUGCCCGAAGGCCGACACGGGCAGGGAGGCGGGCAGCGGAGCAGAGCAACAGACAGCACGGCCGAACCUGGGCAGGGGUGGCGCCAGGCACCAGACACGCUCGAGGACCUGAAGUUUGUCCUUAAUAUUGUUGCAGAAGUCAAGAUGAUGUCAAUGAAGAUGGAACUCGACUAUACAGAUGUGGAGGAAAGGUAUCGAACAAGAGAGCUGUAUGACCUUCCUCUGGAUCCAGCACAGAAGGAGCUUGCAUUCGGGAUAAGGAAAAGGUGGAUGCAGCUGGAAGAUAACGCAUGGCUUAUGGAUGAUGCAUUGGAAUCAACGAAGAGGAAGUUCACCGAGAUCACUGGGAAAGAGGUGACAUCAUUUGCAGAGGCCACAAUUGAAUUCCGGGAUCGCAUGAUGCAACAAGGCCCUGGCACUGUGACAGAUCUGGAUGAAGGGCUUGAACUGAUGAAGAAGUUCCAGGGAGAGUUAGCCACAAAACAUGCCAAGCGCGACCAGCUGGUGCUUGCGCAGAAGCUCUUUGAUCUGCCGAUAACUUCUUAUCCAGAGCUGUUGGAGAUCGAGAACCUAAUGAAGGACCUGGUCCAGAUUUAUCAACUCUACACAGAUUUCUCUGCAACGGUCAAGCAAUCAUCAUCCAUGCUGUGGGCAGAGCUUGACAUUCAAAAGCUAUUGGCUGGAACAGACGAGUUUGUUAUAAGGGCCAAGCGAAUGAAGGCACUGAAGUCCAGGCCCACCUUUGGGCUGGUCGAAGGCAAAAUAAAGGGAUUCCAAGACUCAUUGCCUCUCAUACAAGAUCUGAAAAGUGAGGCGCUGCGAAAGAGGCACUGGGAGAAGCUAAUGCAAGUGACAGGCAAGAGUUUUGAAAUGGACACAAAAACGUUUACGCUGGCCAAACUUUUUGCGAUGGAGCUGCACAAUUUUGCAAAUGUUAUCAGCGAGAUUACAACAACCGCGUUGAAGGAGUUGAAUAUUGAGCAAGAGAUCAAGAAACUGACGGACACGUGGAAAGACCAGAAAUUUGAUGUUGCGAAGUACACCAAAGGGGGGCUUGACCGGGGAUGGGUUCUUCGGUCCACCGAUGAAGUGCAGCUGCUCUUAGAGGAUAUGGGUCUCAACAUGCAAUCCAUGACGGCGUCACGUUAUGUCAAACCAUUUUUGGAUGAAGUGCGACGAUGGGAAGGGAAACUUAGUCUCAUUGGUGAGGUUAUUGAUGCAUGGAUGCAAGUCCAGAGGAAAUGGAUGUAUUUGGAGAGCAUCUUUGUGGGCUCGGACGACAUCCGGAAUCAGCUUCCUGAGGAGGCCAAACGGUUUGACGUUAUCGACAAGAACUGGAAGAAGAUCAUGGCAGACACAGCCAGGAACCCUAACAUCUUGGAGGCAUGCAGUGUCGAAAGUCGCCUUGACACACUGCGUUUGCUUGCUCAGCAGCUAGAGACGUGCCAGAAGAGCUUGAGCGAGUAAGUACUCUCACCUGACUUUGGCAUCUGCUGCCCAGCCUCUGCGUGGGAAUGUGCACAUGGUGACUGUAUAAUAUCUUGGGAUUUGCUGCUUGGACAUAAUAGCCAUAGUAUUAGUAUUCCCUCAAGAGAAACAAUGAAGAAAUCCAAAAGAC